ACGUAAGUGGCCCGGAUGCCGCUGCCAUUUGCGAGGGUGAAAGGGAAGGUUGGGGGAGGGGCGUCGAGGCUUUUCUUUGCGCGCGAGGAGGACGGGCCGCCGCGUCGCCGUCUUUCCCCGCUGGUUUGAACUCAGUGGUCCCUUUAAAAGAAGUAUUUUUGAUUAAACCGUGUGAACAAGACUUUUUUCAAAAUGAGUGCCCAGAAUGAAGCCGAACAACCCGAAGCUGAGCAACCAGAACCAGAGAAACCCAAAGAUGAACAACCAGAACUAGAGAAACCUGGAGAUGAGCAACCAGAGUCAGAGAAACCCGGAGAUGAGCAACCAGAACCAGAGAAACUGGAGAGACCAGGCAGCAGGAUAUAUUACUGUGAGAUUUGUAAAGUUCCAUGUUUGAGUGCUAUAAUACUCCAGACACACUUUGCUGGAAUAAGGCAUAAAAAGAGAGAAAGAGCCCUGAAGAGAAAAUGUGCUCCUCCAGUGAUAAAUGAAGAACCAAUGUAUGUAAAAAGACCCCUUUCAAAAAGCAUAAGAUGUCUGAAAGAUUACAUGAAGGAUCCCAACAGAGAAGAGCCUCUUAUAGGUUUGGAAUAUGUGCUUGAGGUCCAAUUUCAAGGGAGAAGAGAUCCUUGUUACGAAUGCCAGCUGUGCAUGUUCAAGACAGAGAUCGUGCCAAUGAUAGAACAUCUCAUUGGCCAGAGACACAGAAAAGCAUAUAUUAUUAAACAUUAUCCAGAUAAAGGAAAGAGGAAAGCAAAUGAUCCUAAAGAAGACAGAGCUAGAUUUUUUAGGCGAAUAGCAAGAGAAAUAGAAAAGGAAGAAGGUUUAAAAAUGUAUAAGGUAAGAUGGAGACAUCAGCUGCUGCAGGAGCAAAGAAGAGAGCAAGGUGGGCAGGUAGCGGUUUCAAGGCUGAGGUAUGUGUCAUUAAUACUUUAUUAGUUGAACACGGGUGUUAACUCCCUUCUGAAUUUCUCUAUUCUUGAAAUUCUUUGUAUAUAUUAACAGUUAAAGCAAGUCCCUGUGCUUCAUUAAUAUA